AAUUCACGGUGUCAAAACCACUAAAAUUUUCCGUCAUACCGUGCCUACGGUUUAAAAGUUUUUUUUUGUUUGUUUGUUUUGGUUUGGUUUUUUAUGUCUCGUCAGAGAGAAAGAGGUGAAAUCCUUCCGCUCGUGUUCGGACUUUGACCCCGCCCCCCGUGCACCCCGUAGCUCUUCAAGUAGCACUCAGCUGCGGCCAAUUUUACAGAUUGCAAGAUGGCGGAAGGAGGCGAGGAUCUCCCAGAACUUUUCCCCCCGUCUAAACGAAUUAAAUUGGCUAUAUGGGGAUACUUUGGCUACCGUAAAAAAAACAGACGGCAACGGUUUGGAGGAAGAAGGUAAUCCUACAUGCAAAACAUGCUUGCGGAGAGUGGCAGCCAAAGGAGGCAACAUGUCGAACAUGAUAGCGCACCUACGAGAGCACCACCCGUCACUGUUUGCUACAUACAAGAAUAACGGUGGCUCUGGCAGCAACAAGUCAUAUACAGCAAAAGGUGAAGAUCAGCCCACAAUUCAGCAAGCAUUUAAUAAGCAAGUCACCUAUGCACCCACAUCAAAGCAUGCUAAAGACCUUAACAGUGCAGUGGCAUACUUCAUUGCCAAAGACAUGAUGCAAUUUCAAGCUGUUGAGAAACCUGGGUUCCUGAAGCUGAUGAAGAUGGCAGUUCCACUUUUCAAAAUGCCAUCAAGAAAAUUUUUCUCAACUAAUGAAAUCCCCAAGAUGUACUCAGAGGUCAAGGCUCAUGUGCAAAAACAAGUGGCAAAACGGGUGUGGUUUUCUGCAACAACUGAUCUGUGGACUAGCAGUGGUGGUAGUGGAGAACCUURCAUCAGCUUCACAGUGCAUUUCCUCUCCCCAGAGUGGGAACUCAAGUCCUUCUGUCUAGAAACUGUUUUUCCCAGAGGACCACACAGCUGAACACAUCUUGGAGUUUUUUGAAAACAUGUUUCAGGAGUGGAACAUGACAAGUGGCAGUUUGUCUUCCACCACAACAGACAAUGCAACAAAUAUGAAAAAAAAAACAUUUCAAGACCAACCUUAUGUUUGGCUUGGAUGUUUUGGCCAUAAUCUUAACCUAGCUAUAGCUAAAGCACUCAAAAUUCAAAAAGUUGACACCGCUGUACGAGCAUGCAGGCAUCUUGUACAAGGUUUCUCUCGCAGCUGGAAA